AUGCGGAUUGGACCUCCCAGCAGUAACGGCCCUGUUUUGACCGACAUUUCCCGCUCACAAUGCUCUCGCAGCAGCAGCAAUGACAUGGCGUUUUUGCCUUCGUCUGUUACCGUCCUUCCUUCAGGGUCCUUUUACUCUGACUAUAGCGAACUGUUUCCCCUCAUCAUUGACCUCCCAGUUGGACUCGUCCCAGCGACAGUCGUCCUAUUGACCCAAAGCAUUACCGACCUGUCAGCCCAAGACUUUGACGAUAUCCUCCACCGCUUUGAUCAGACAGACGAUGUCUGGGAUAGCCAUUUCCUGUCUUUUGUUGUCUUUGCCCAUCGUGGUGCUUUCAAACCCAUCAAACCCCAAUUGCCAGAAGGACUCGCGAAUCGAUUACAAUCUCUUGGUACAAAGCGAGUUGCCCUGGUCGAUCAAUCAAAGCUGGAACUCGAUGCUCUGAUGGCGGGUCCCUACUUUGCCACUGCCACGGGACUUUUGCCAGUGAGGAAGCUUUUCCCAGAUACUCACGCAGCUUUUGUUGCGUCGCUCGUUCAGUCGUCGUCGUCCCAAUCCAUCACCUAUUUGAACGCAACAACAGCCGAUGCAUACCCAAACCAAGCCAUAGCCGUUCCCUCCCGUCUCUACUUCGCGCCGGACCCUGAGAAGCCUUUGAACGGUCUCAGAGUCGCAAUCAAGGACAACAUCGAUAUCGCUGGCGCCAAAACAUUUGCCUCCUCUCUAGCCUACGGUCAAUUCCAUGGCAUCAAGUCCCACAAUGCCCCCGCCAUCCAGCGAUUGCUGGAUCUUGGCGCCGUCAUCGUGGGCAAGACAGGCAUGAGCCAGUUCGCUGAUGCCGAAGAUCCUACUGGUGACUUUGUCGACUUUCAUGCUCCCUGGAACCCCCGCGGUGACGGUCUCAGGUCCCCAGGUGGGAGCAGUUAUGGCUCAGGUGCUGCAGCAGUAAGCCUCCGAAGACAUGCUCACCAAAUUGAUUAUGCUGACACGGGCAAAGCUGGUGGAAGUGUACGACAACCGGCGGCGAGCCAGUCGGUGUACGGCCUCCGACCUUCAAAGGGAGCUAUGAGCGUUGAAGGAACUGUUGUUAUCCAUAGUGAUCUCGAUGCCAUUGGUGUUCUCUCAAGGAACCUCAGCGUCCUUCACACCGUCUCCUACCACCUUUACCCAGAUAACAUAAAAAGGACCUUAGAUAAACCCUUGACCUUGAUCUAUCCCAGCCACCUAUUCCCCGUCGAGGACGCUAAAGCGCAAGAGGUCUACGACAAGGCCGUUCAGGUACUAGAGAAAGUCUUGGGUGUCACGAGACGCAAUGUGAAUUUCCACCACGAGUGGAAGAGGUCCCAUCCUGACUCUGAGGCCUUUACGGAAUACUUCAAGGAAGUCUUCUACGAUUACGUCGUCUGGGGUCAAUGGAAAGAGCGAUCUACAUUCCGAAAUGAGUACCAGGCCAAGUUCGGCCGUCCACCUUACGUCAAUCCUCUGUCCAAAUUUCGCUGGGAGCUUGGUAGCAACAUGACUGAACAACACUUCUCAAACCUGCAGGCUAAGCGUCAAGAGUUUCAAGCCUUUAUCGAGGAUAUAUUCGGCGAAAAUACCAUUAUGAUAACGCCGUUCAAAUUUGGGGAGCCUGACCGUCGCGACGAAUACCGACCAGAGUGA